CAGAACAUCCAGCUUUAUGGGAUAGAGAUUACCAGUGACAUCCCGUUGAAGGGCUUGGUCCAUCAGCUUUAUACAAACAGGACAGCUGUCAGGGAAAAGUCCACUUCUGUCAUUUAGAGGGGCAGAAGAGGGAGGUUUUCUCUAAAAGAGAAAACUUUGAAGGAGACCCCCCUGCCUUGGGCUCACCACAAGAUUCUGCAGAGUGGAAAAAGAAUGGAAAUCUAAGAACAAGGAGCUGGGUCAGAUACUGCAAUGAAACAGUAACUCCAGACAAACAUACAAGCAUAAUACUGUCAACCCAGGGCCUAUAUAAAUACAAAAAAUAGGCAUGGGGUUGCUUGAUCAAGUCAAUAGCACCGUCAUGUUGGAAGAACGUAUCUUAGAGAAGAAAUCACUGCCUCACUGGCAUGCAGACAGUGUUGUCACCCCCAGUCAAGGGUUUCCAUACGCAUCCAGUGAAGUUAUGAUGGACAGCACCAAGAUCCUGGGGGUCCAAAUCAUACUGAUAAUGGCUUAUUCUCUCAUCAUUCUGCUGGGAUUCAUUGGCAACUCCUUGGUCAUCUACAUGAUAGUGAGAUACAAAACCAUGAGGACUGUAACCAACUUUUUCAUAGCUAACUUAGCUCUGGCUGACUUAAUGGUGGAUACUUGCUUGCCCUUUACAUUGGCUUACACUCUAUUGGAUGAGUGGAAAUUUGGGGCUGUCCUUUGUCACUUGGUGUCCUCUGCUCAAGCUUUAAGUGUUCAUGUAUCUAUUCUCACCUUAACCGUGAUUGCCCUCGAUAGGUACAGAUGUAUUGUUUUUCAUCUAGACAGUAGAAUAUCAAAGAAGAUCAGCUUCACCAUCAUAGCGAUUACAUGGCUGGUUGCUGCUCUCCUAGCUAGUCCACUGGCUAUCUUUCGAGAAUACAGAUAUGAAGAAAUUCCAUCCAUCGAACUCAGAAUAGCUGUCUGCUCGGAGAAAUGGCCUUCGGACAACAGAGAUGCCACUAUAUACAGCUUAUCCAUGCUCAUCCUGCAAUAUGUCUUCCCUCUUUUUAUCAUCUGUUAUGCCUACAUCAGGAUAUGGUUCAAACUGAAAAGCCACAUCAGUCCUUCUGCUAGAAAUGACACUCACUCUCGCAGGAAAAAGACCACAAAGAUGCUUUUCAUGGUCGUUGUGGUGUUCGCUGUGUCUUGGCUACCGUUCCAUGCUUUCCAGCUUGCCGCAGACCUAGAUAUGGCACUUGCCCUCCAUGAUUAUAAACUUCUUUAUACGGUAUUUCAUGUCAUAGCCAUGUGUUCCACUUUUGCAAACCCCUUGCUCUAUGGCUGGAUGAAUAAGAACUACCGCAAUGGAUUCCUUAUGUUCUUCCGUUGUCAGAAAAAACCAGAGAGGCUCUAUGCAGAGGGUUCAAUUCGGGGGAGGUCCUUUACUUUCAAGGCUACUACCUUGAAUGGGAGCAUCAAGCACUCAACUGGUGAUGGACAGCUACCAACACCGCUUUAGUACACAGCAGCUUUAUCUCCACAUAGGGCCUGAAUCUCAAUGUGGGCCACCUAAAACUGUUGUUUCCCCCCCUAAAAAUAAAAAUUUAUUGAAUUGCCAAAAUGCUGUCAUUGUCAUAGUUAGAUGAAAGCACCUUAUCUAUUGGUCUCUUAAGCCUUGUGUACCAUCCAUUCUGCUUUCCCAAGUUAAACAAUCCUUGCCUCCAAUUUGUUGUGUGAAGCAGAAAUCAUGUCAUUCCAGCAUGCUUUAAUUUAUGAGAAUUUAGUUUUACUGUUUUUUGAAGGACAGGAGAAAUAGCAGACUGGAUUAUUUCACUGCUUUAGGCAUUCAGAGGGAAUUAAGGUGUUUGCAACAAUAUUGGCAAACCACAGCAUCCAAUGGUAGUGUUUAUUUUAAUUUCCUGCAGAUUUUUUUGCACUCCUCAUACCAAAGAUCUGUCUUAGAUUCCUUAAUCAGAAUUCUAGGUCAACAAAAGAAUAGGAAUGAAAAAGAUGUAUAACACAUAUGUGAUAUGAAAAGUUGUUCUAAAGUAAUUAAUUCUAACUUCUCCAAUUAUUAAAAAAGGCAAAAUUUGCUUUUUGAUUUCCAGCCGAAAAGACUGACUCUAAAUGUUUUUAGGCUAAUAGUUGUUGAUAGUGACAUCCACACUGCACUCCACAGUCAAUUUUUGCAUUUCAUUCACUGGUUAAAGUGAUUGUUCA